GACGGUCGCGCACGAGAGCAGCAGCAGCCGCGUAGACAGCACGAGGAGGACUCAGACCAGCGGCGCGAGGACAGGAGCGUUUUCUCCAUUUUAAAAAACGACUUUUGCUAGUUUUUAACCGAAUCGCCAUGUCUGCCACGCGUACAAUCAUUUGUUUGCUGAGAAACGACCUGCGUGUUCACGACAGUGAGCUUUUCCACUGGGCUCAAAGAAACGCAGAACACAUAGUCCCUCUGUACUGCUUCGAUCCCAGACACUAUGUGGGAACCUACAACUACAAUGUGCCGAAGACUGGGCCUUUCCGUCUGCGCUUCUUACUGGAGAGUGUCAGAGACCUCAGAAACACUCUUCUCAACAAGGGCAGCAAUCUGGUGGUGAGGCGGGGUAAGCCAGAGGAGGUGGUUGCCGACCUUAUCAAGCAACUCGGCUCUGUUAGCAGUGUGGCCUUCCACGAAGAGGUUACUUCAGAGGAGCUGAAUGUGGAGAGAAAGGUGAAGGAAGUCUGUGCUCAGUUGAAGGUGAAAGUUCACACCUGCUGGGGCUCCACACUGUACCACAGAGAUGAUCUCCCAUUCCACCACAUGUCCAGGCUGCCUGAUGUGUACACUCAGUUCAGAAAAGCAGUGGAGAGCCAGAGCAGAGUGAGGCCUGUGUUCCCGGCCCCUGAGAAGCUAAAUCCCCUUCCCCCUGGGCUGGAAGAAGGAGCUAUUCCAACCGCAGAGGACCUUCAGCAGCCUGAAGCUGCUGCCGAUCCUCGCUCAGCUUUCCCCUGUAGCGGAGGAGAAAGCCAGGCUCUCGCCAGACUUAAACACUAUUUCUGGGACACUGACGCAGUUGCAUCUUACAAAGAGACUCGGAAUGGCUUGAUUGGGGUAGAUUAUUCAACAAAGUUUUCAUCUUGGCUUGCGAUGGGUUGCAUUUCUCCCAGGUAUAUAUAUCACCAAAUCAAACAAUAUGAGAUGGAGCGGACGGCCAAUCAGAGCACCUACUGGGUUAUUUUUGAGCUUUUGUGGAGGGACUACUUCAAGUUUGUUGGUGCGAAGUAUGGAGACAGGAUGUUUCAGAUCAAAGGGCUUCAAGACAAAUCUGUGCCAUGGAAAAUGGACAAGAAGCUUUUUGAUGCAUGGAAAGAGGGGCGCACAGGGGUGCCUUUCGUGGAUGCCAACAUGAGAGAGUUGGCCAUGACGGGCUUCAUGUCCAACAGGGGGCGGCAAAAUGUCGCAAGCUUCCUCACAAAGGAUCUGGGCCUGGACUGGAGGAUGGGAGCCGAGUGGUUUGAGUACCUCCUGGUUGAUCACGAUGUGUGCAGUAACUAUGGCAACUGGCUCUACAGCGCUGGUAUAGGAAAUGACCCCAGAGAGAACAGGAAGUUCAACAUGAUCAAACAAGGCCUCGACUAUGACAGUAACGGUGACUAUGUGCGGCAGUGGGUCCCAGAGCUGAAGAGUAUCAGGGGCGCAGACGUGCACACACCCUGGAACCUCAGCUCGGCCACGCUCAUGCACGCUCACGUGUCCCUGGGCGAAACAUACCCCACCCCCAUCGUCAUUGCGCCCGAAUGGAGCAGACACUUUAACAAGAAACCGAGUGGCACGGGGCCCUCACCAAGGGGGAAGAAAGGCCCAUCUCAUACUCCAAAACAACAUCGGGACCGAGGCAUUGACUUUUAUUUCUCUAAAAGUAAAAACCUGUGAUCCCUGCAGAGGUUGGACAGUCUACCUUUACCCGUAGUCUGCUCUGUGGAAUCGGUGCUGGACUUUUCUUAUAUGUGGUGUUUUAUGGAAACUAUCAGAACAGGAAAUGCUGAAAUUACUUGAACUGAUGCCUGAUGUACCUCAUCUUUCAGGGGGGUGGUUUCCUGCUAUGCAGCUGUUAGAGACAUGAUUUGUUUUAAUCAGUCUUACUGAUCCAAACUGCUCUUGUUUUCUACUUUUCUCUUGCUAUUUUUUUUAACUGUAGAAACUUUGUUUGUGACGUGGUUGCAUGAGAAAAUGCAAGAUAAGGGCUUCUUUUGUUGAAUUUCUUUGGUUAUUAAAGUAUUCCUGUAUUAGAACACAUCUGAAUAUAAGGGAAGUUAUUUACACUUUCUCUCUCUUUCUGUUUUGGUAUGAAUGAGUUCAAUUUGAAUGUUUAUUAUAUUGAAUUAAACAGAAAAGAAGAGAACAGUUUAAUGAAUUUCUUAUUUUCAACACUUCCCCAUAGUGGACACUGUUUAUUACUGUGUUUAUUAACCAUAAUUUGGGAUCGUGUUUCUGUAGGACGUCGUA